CGGUGUCUUUCCGUCCCGCUGCAGCAACCCGGAUUCUCUCGAUGUCAACAGUGGGUUCCAAGUUCCUAAUCCAGCUCUUCAUGCAUCCCUCACCCUGCUCUUGAGGACGAUCCUGAGCGUGCCUGGAGCUGUAACGAGUUUACCUUGGAGUAUGCGACGGGUGGAGCUGUAUCUCUGCUUUUUGACGCUGCCCCGUUCUGCUUGGCGCCCAGGGCUCCUCCCCGGGGACGGAGAAGCCCUCCACCCUUCCUGCCCUCGAGGAUGCAAGCAGCAUGCACUGAAAGCUCCACGGAUGAAUCUGAGAGAAGACACAAGAGUUUGCCGGAUGAUCACCAGCAUUAUUUUCCUACCCGUUGAGAAAAGGACGCGUGCACGGAUAGUACGAGUACACCACCAAUAUACGAAUCACGGUAUUCCCGCCAGAAUUAAAAAAGUUGCGCGUCGGAUGAGGCCAUAUUUCUCCCAGUGCAGGCUGGGGAAGGUCACGACGUUGGUUCAGCCAUCCUCUUCCACCUGAUGCAUGGAACUGUGCCUGCAAACACGCCAUCAAGGAAGAGAUUUACAAAGGCACUUACACAAUAUUGUCCCAGACCUGUGACUUACAAGGGAGUAGAUGACAUUCUGAUUCCUGUACAUUUUUCUUUGUUGAAUUUAUAUGUAGAUUCCUUACUA